UCAACAAUCAUACAAAACAGUUACAAAAUUCAUCACAUACUAAAUAUGCAUGAUUGCGAAACCUGGCAAUCAUUGUCGGGCCUACGUGAAUAAUAACAAUUUGUCAUUAUCUUGGGUUAAACUAUAAAACCUUUUUUUAUUUUAAUUGUUUUAAGUUAAUUAAUCAACAUGAAGGUAGCUGUUUUUGGAGAAAUUAACACGUUUGAGCUGUUAAUAUUGUGCAGUUUGAUGCCAACUGUUUUCAUUUACUUGUGGUCACUUAUAACCGGCGAUGUAAAAAAUUUCAAGAGCAGCAAGUUGGCUUAUUCUGUAUAUACUGCCAAGGACCCAGUAAAUUGUUAUCAGAACUUCAAAAAAGAUUCUUAGAUGCUCUAAAAAUUUCCUUAUGUUAAGCAAUUAUUAUACUUGAGUAAAAAUAUGCUAACAACAUAAUCACAUU